UGGGACGGCUCUUGAUGACGUAGCGGCACUGGGAGGGAGGGAGGGAGGGAGGACUGGAACGAAGAUAAACAUCAAGCUCGCGAUCAAAACAAAUCGACAGCAUCAACUCAGCUCGACGACCGCACCUUGAAGAAGGAAAUUAACAAGAUAGAUAGAUCCAUCAGGUUGCCGUGACGAUGAUAGGCAAGAUCAUUUCUCAGCUGCUCGGCGGCGAUGACGAAUGUGAAGAUGGGGGAGACCAACUGCUGGAGUUUGAAGACGGUGGCUGGGUCAUCGUCAGUCUACCAGAGGUGGGGCCCCUUUUGUCCCCCGAGGAGUCAGAGCCCAGCGUGUCCGUCUAUCAGAUGAGAUGCGGGACGAGCGCAGCUGACCACCGCCUCCAAGACCACAACGAAGAGGACGAAGGUUCCGACGAGGAAAACGUUUCGUGCAGGCCUGUGGUGUCAUCGCUGUCGUUUCGGCGUGGGCACGAAUGGUCGCGGCUGGCGGCGUGGGGCAUCCCCCGCCCGGUCGACCUGCCGGACGCCGGCGGCGGGAGGCCUGAGCGCAAGAAGCUGAGUCGCGGCGCCCUCCUCAGGCAAAACCUGACCACGGUCAAGACGUGCGAGCGCCGCCGCGUCUUUGCGCACGUCAAGCAGCCCGCCCCGCACAACUGCUGAAGCGACCCAGCAGUUUUCUUCGUCUGUUCGGCCUUUGUCAAAAAGGAGUUCAAAGAAAAUGGUUGGUGUCCAUUUGUUUUCAUGUAACUCUCCCGUUUGAGGUGUAAAUACAUGUUUAUUUUAUUUGUAACGUUUUGAAAAAAAUUCAAAUGAAAUUGAUUUCACUUCAUACGUCUGUCUUGUCACGAAAACCGAUUUGGGUUUUCAUUGUGCCAAACUGAAUUGUUCCACUUUCAAUGAGACGAUCCAUAUGUAUCCAGCAUUAAACUUAAAAUAAAAAUCACAAUUUCAUUUUUAA